CUUUUCGGGUGCUUGUGAUGAAAAAUUAUUUUACCCUCCCUUCCAAGUAUCUUCCUCUUCGUUGGAGACAAAGAAAGUUCAUUGAUUCCAAGAUCUAGUCACAUGAUUAACAACAAUGGUGGCUCCCUUGUUAAGUUUAGGUCCUUAAUUCAAUGUCUAGAAAUUGAAUCCUUGAAGACAAAAUUACGAGAACAAGCUGCAACUAGAGAGUUAGAGAAAGCCAUUCAAGUGAUUAAAGCCAUGCCUGAAAUCCAAGAAAAGUUGGUGGGUGUUGAUUCUACGGUUCCAGAUAAUGAUGAGUUGAAUGUUGAAAAUCCUUUACCUUCAAAAACAAAAGGUCCACCAAAAGGAUCAAGGCUAAAAGGAGGAGUUGAAAUUGCAAAGAAGCCUUGUCAUUGUCAUGUUCCAAAUUGCGGUGGAACUGAUCAUGACUCGAGGAAUUGUCCAAAUAAAAAGAAAAAUAUUGAAGCAUUACCUUCUCAAUCUCCUAAUAAGAGGAUGAAGGGUUGGAGAAAAUCAUCUUAAUAGUGAGAUAUAUUGCUGCUGCUG